AUGCUAGAAGACUUGGUCAUUAACAGUGCUGGCAGCUUUGCUGGUUUAAAAUCUCUUACUAUUGAGAGCUGUAGCGGCAGUGUAUGGCAAGGUGGAUGUGCUUCCCACUAUGAUCUACUACCAAACCUAGAGGAACUUUAUCUCCGAGACCUGAAUUAUGUAGAAAGCAUUUCAGAACUGCUUGGCCAACUUGGGCUGAGAUUUCUUAGACUAAAAUUAAUAGAAGUGGAGUAUUGUUCUGAAAUGAAAUAUCUUCUUCCCUGUGGUUACAGUUACUUCAUUUACACAGCCCUGCCAAACCUAGAAAUAAUGAAGGUACGGUCUUGUGACAGGUUGGUUGAGCUCUUUAGUUAUAAUUCCAUGCAAUAUAUCGCUUCAGAUCCUGUUGUUCCAAGCCUACGGCAAUUGAAAUUGGAAUGGCUUCCCCAAUUAAGGACUCUUUGCCGAGAUGAAGAGACAUGGCCGCUUCUAGAGCAGCUUUUCCUCAUCGAUUUUAAUCUCUCCUUGGACUUCCCAGCAGUACUCUGGAAAAAGGUCCACCAAAUUCAACUCAAAGUAGUAUGCCCUGUUAGAAUAUAUUAUGGAGUUCAAGUAUCGAAGCCACAGGGCGCAACCCUCAUACACGGGAAGAUAAAUAGACUAAGAAAAUUCCAAUUUUUCAUUGGCCCAACAGCAAACUCAUUACCAACUAGACAUGAAGAAAGGAGGGUGACUAACAGUGGUCUUAAUCUUUCGGGAGAAUGGAUUGGGUUAUUGUUGAGUGAUGCAAGUUCUCUCAUCUUAAAUCAUUUUCAUGGACUGAAUGAAUUGCUAGAAGACCUGGUAAUUAACAGUGUUGGCUGCUUUGCUGGUCUAAAAUCACUUACUAUUGCAAGCUCUAACAGCAGUUUACGGCCAGGAGGAGGAUGUACAGCCCACUUUGACCUACUACCAAAUUUAGAGGAACUUUAUCUCCAAGACCUGACUUACCUAGAAAGCAUUUCAGAACUAGUUGGCCAUCUUGGGCUGAGAUUUCUUAGACUAAAAUUAAUUGAAGUGACUCGAUGUUCCCAAAUGAAACAUCUUCUCUCCUGUGGUUACCACAUUCACACUUUGCCAAACCUACAAGUAAUCAAGGUAAGCUUUUGUGACAAGUUAGAUGAGCUCUUUAGUUAUCAUUCCAUCCAAUUUAUCGCUCCAGAUCCUGUUGUUCCAAGCCUGCGGAUAUUGGAAUUGAAGUACCUUCCCAAAUUAAAGACUCUUUACAGGCACGAGACGGCACCACAUCUAGAGCAGUUUACUGUCAUCAAGUGCAAUCGUCUUACAACAAGGCUGUUUGGUACUAACGAAACUGCAGAUACCAUAGACGAAAUCAGAGAAGAAUCAUAAUGGUGGAGGCAUUGGGGUGGCAUGCAAACAGAGCUAAAUCAAGUCUGGAGCCUUCUAUUUUCAUCCUUCUGAGGCCAAGAGAAGUGCAUCUCAGAGCCUCUGGAAGACGAUUCAUACAACUCAUUUAUCUUGUUGUGCAAGUUAAAUAUCUGCUCAAGUCUUUUAUCAAAAGCUUGAAAAGACAGGAAAGCAAAUUGUGUAUAAUUUUCUCUAUAUUUUCAUUUUCCUCAGCUUUUCUGGUAUAUAUCUUGGUGCAAAUGUUUUGGAUUAGAACCAUCCUAUUCAUCUUCCUGUCCUUGUAAUUUGG